CCGCACAGUGUUCCUUCUAGUUUGCGCAAACUAUACCGUGCAGGCAAGUCGCUACCGUAUAGCCGCCGCUUUACACAGGCCGAGCUUGUUGGUUUGUGCGUGCUACCGUUUUACCGUCUACACAGCGAGUUCCUGAUACAAACAGGUUUGUGCAGGUAAGCUCGUGGUAAAGCUUGUACGUGUAGCCGGCCCUUUAAACGUCACGCUGCUAAAGAUUUUAGUUUGUGCAAACCAAUUUGUGCGGUGAUAUACGUGUAGACGGUAUCAGCGAGUUCAAACUACAGUUUUGUGACUCUUGUGGGUUUUGUGUUAAACAAUAAUUCGUCCCUUGACAUUUCCACGAACGGAACCACAAAUUCUGAAUAAAAAUAAUGAUGAAUGUACGAUCCUACUUAAAUCGUGUGGACACCACAAAGUGUUCCUUCUAUUUUGCGCAAACUAUACUGUGCAGACAAGUUGCUACCGUAUAGCCGCCGCUUUAGCUGACAUACACUGGCUUCCUUCAUUAAAGAAUGACGAUAGUGAAGAGAUUGAAUUACUCGGCGCAAAAUCAUUGGGCUACAGUGAUAUUGUUAGGUUUUUUGAUAUCUCCUGUUCUACCAAAACAACAGACCAUCUCCCAACAGAGUCAACAGCCCAAAUCAAGACAGAAGAGGAUAUUGUGGAUAACUGAGGACGGGAGAUUGGCACUUCCUCCAGGAACUACCAUGGUGAUUUCACCUUCAGUUUCCAUGCCUUUUGUAAGACAUCCACCAAAGGGUUUCUUCUCGAAUCUCACAGUUAGUCUACCUUUUACAAUCGACUUUGAUAAGCUUGGAUUAACAGAUAACGAAAACCCUUACGGAGCACUACCCCCUCUAUUAGCUAGAUCCAUGGGUAGAGCUGCUGGGGGAAUCCUAGCCAAUUACAUAGGAAGCAUACUAGAUAGAAGAGGUAAAAGAUCCACAGAUAAUCUUCCAAAAGAACUGUCAUCAAAGGGUCAUUUUCACGGUGGUGAGAGAGCUCUAUUAUACGUUGCCAUAGAAGAAUUAUUAGAGAACUUCGGAAUGGAUGGUAGGGCCUGUCUGUUAAGGGCAAUAUGCGAAGUCCAUGCACAUCCAAUGAGCGGAUUUGGACUUCUAGGAGAAAUGUUAAAGUUAUUUUUAAGUGCCAGUAAAUCUCCAUUUUCUGAAGUGAUGAAUGAAUAUGUUGAAGCUGAAAAAGCUGGAAAAGGAGUCGAAGGAAGUCCCGCAGAAUGUUGGCCCUACAUGAAAGACUGUCCCAAAUCCCUUUUUGCGACGAACCAUAAUCAUUACAGCAAAGAAAUUGAAGAAAAUGAGAUACCAGAAGAAGAAUUUACAACACAAACUAAUAAGAAGCCAUCAAAUAUGUAGUAGUAGGUAAUAGAAAUGAGCAAAACUGCGAUUUUCCAAUCGCAAUUGAAACUUCGAUUGCGAUUUUUAAAUCGCUGCGACCGUAACCUGCGAUUGCGAUUUUAAUAUUUAAA